CGGAUGGGCAUCGGCCUUCCGAGAACGGAGAUUACGAACCUUGAUCCCGAGUCCCGAGUCACCCGAGCAUUUCUAGGAACUAAAUCCCAAGAGAAAGGAGAAAAGAUACUAACGACACGAAAAAGCUUAUUCCAAACUUCGGACAAUGGGCUUCCAAGCAACACUAUUCCAUGUCCCACGAUUUUUGUAAUUUUCACGUUUUGGUUUGUUGAAGUCCCCGUCAAUGAUCCUUCAAGGGAAGAAAAGUACCCACAUUAGAAACUUCUCACCUCUCUCCUUUUUCUCCUUUUGAGAGAGUUGAGUUUCGAUGAAUUCAAUGUUGUUCAUCGUCUAAAACGAUCUGGGAUUGCAUCAAAAUCCAAUAUUUUGAUCCCUAGAGCUUCAAAAAUGUUAACAAACAUUGUCUCUACUGCGAAUUCGUCGUUUUUACCUUUGAAUCAUUUCGGGGGUACCUCUCGUUCUGCUAGAUUGUUGAUUCCGAGCAGGAGAAGUUUGGGUUCUUGUUCUAGUGAGAGAAAGAUUGUUUGCGCUUGUACGGCGCCUCCAAGGAAGUGGCCUGAUGGGUUUUCUGGAGUCAAGUUUAAUGAUUCGUCCAGCCAGGAGAAGGAUUCACCCGCCGGGGAGAAUUUGAGCAUGGCUAGAGAGGUUGAGGAUGACUCCGAUGUUCUUAUUGAAUGUAGGAAUGUUUAUAAGUCAUUUGGGGAGAAACACAUCUUGAGAGGUGUCAGCUUUAAGAUCAGACAUGGAGAAGCUGUUGGAAUAAUUGGCCCUUCAGGCACUGGGAAGUCUACAGUGCUGAAGAUUAUGGCAGGUCUCCUUGCUCCAGACAAGGAUUUGGUGACAAAGAGGAUUAUUGGCAGUGGGUGUGACCGCUUGAGGAGAAAGGGCUUUACCUACUUGAACCUCAAUCACCUUUUUUGGCUACAGCCCAGUCCUAUGUGUGUGGAGUGUGGACGUACUAAUAGUAGUUCUAUGGACUCUGUGAUGUUGUGGCACCAAUGUUUAGGACAUCCAUCUUUUGUUAUUAUGAGGAAACAAUUACCUCAUUUAUUUACUUCUUUUCCUAGUUCACAUGUCUUUCAUUGUUAAUUAUGUAUUUUUGCCAAACAUUGUCGGUCUUCUUAUCCUUAUCAUGGUAAUAGAUCUAUUGUUCCUUUUCA